GGACUCGCGCGAGCCAACUGCACAGUUGGAAACUGCCAAAACCGAUACAUUACUAGAAACUACAACUUCAUCCGAAAAUUAAUUGCCCCGUUCUCUUCGUGUCCAAUGUCUCGAUCGUUUUAAGGAGAUUGGCUGGUCUCGCGGGCCAGACUGUGAAGAGGAAUCGCCUGUGAUCUAUACUUAUGUUUGGUAUAGUAGAUUUGGUAUAGUAGAUUUGGUAUAGUAGCCAAUCGUAUGCCACGAAAUAUUGGAUUCGAUGGUAGGGGAAAUAAUAAAUAAUAAAUAAUUUAAAAUAAUUGUUUAAAUAGCAUAGAAGUUGUUGGUAACGAUUAUGGAAGUAUACGUAUGGAUUACAUAAUAUAGAAAGAGUAAACAGAAAAGUAAAAUACAUUAGCAUUUCAAUCAUCAUAAUUAGCGGAUAUCUUGUCUAAAUUAUAGGUUUAUUUUCCUGACCUUUUAAGCUGAUUCUCAUUGGAUAGUAGAAGGAAAUGGAUAUUUUAUAGAUAAUUGUUUUAAUGACUUACUCCCUGAUGGUGUCUCCUAGUUUCUCCUCUUGUACCGACGCCAUUGAUUGCGCCGAUGUCGCAGUCACCGUGAGAAACAACUGUGUCAUUAUUUAAAUGUUUUACGGUGACGAGCGUGCAACGCGUGUAAUUAUUUAGGAAGAGAAGGGGGAGACAACGAUCGAAAGUUGUACACAUGUUCCAACAAAUGUGUCCAACCUAGCGAACGUAUACAGGAUGGGCUGUUUAAACGGGAACACUUUCAAACAGAUGCCGACUUACCAGAAUCGUGAGGCCAUCGAGGAGACCAUCGCCAAAAGCAGCGGCGGUGGGAAAAUGCCAUCUCUGAACAACAACCUCUCGGAGCUGGACACCCUGCUUCAAGACCUGAGCAACGCACAUUACAGUGCGAAUUAUCAAGAAAGAGAGAAUCGCGUGUCCUCGGGAGGAAUGAAUGGAGACUCUAGUCCGAUGCUUCGUUCUCCGAGCAGCAUGUCAGCCUCCAGGCCCACCGUGGACUCGUUGCUGGAGGAGCUGAGCACAGCUGUUCCCAAUGGGGAUUACUCUUCCGACGGAAGGGUUAAGGUCACCAUUCAGGAAACGUCGACCGAGAUCCAACCGAUCUACGACGGUUAUCCCUCCAGACAGCACGGAUCGCUGAAUCGCAGCGAGGUGCAAAGAGGCUACACGAACGGUCACACGGCCAGCAACGCUACCAAGGAGCUGGACGAUCUGAUGGCUUCUCUAUCCGAGUUUAAGAUCAACAGCGGUUCCCAUCAGCAUCAAACGGUAACCGACUCCCCGUACGCGAAGCCCAACAAAGCCACCAAGAGCUCCCAGAGCCCGCUGCCACCCGAGGGGGCGCAAACGCGGAUCCACAUCACCGAGACCCACACCACCCAUCACUACCAACAGCAAUUAGGAGAGCCUUAUCCACCUCAGCCAGCAGCGACUCAAACUAAACAGAACCAGUUGGAUUCUAUGCUAGGGAACCUCCAGGCAGACAUGAGUCGUCAAGGUGUGAACACUACUCAGAAGGGAUGCUGCAGCGCCUGCGAAAAGCCCAUCGUGGGACAAGUGAUCACCGCCCUGGGGAAAACGUGGCACCCUGAACAUUUCACGUGCACCCACUGCAACCAGGAGCUGGGAACGCGGAACUUCUUCGAGAGGGAGGGUCAACCCUACUGCGAGACCGACUAUCACAAUCUCUUCUCGCCUCGUUGCGCCUACUGCAACGGCCCUAUUCUCGACAAAUGCGUAACCGCGCUGGAGAAAACUUGGCACACGGAGCACUUCUUCUGCGCCCAGUGCGGCAAACAAUUCGGGGAGGAAGGCUUUCACGAGCGAGAUGGAAAGCCUUACUGCAGGGAGGACUAUUUCGAUAUGUUCGCCCCGAAGUGCGGCGGAUGCAAUCGCGCCAUCAUGGAGAAUUAUAUAUCUGCCCUGAACAGCCAGUGGCAUCCCGACUGUUUCGUCUGCAGGGAUUGUAGACAAAAGUUCCAAGGAGGCUCGUUCUUCGACCAUGAAGGUCUCCCCUAUUGCGAAACCCACUAUCACGCUAAGAGAGGAUCGUUAUGCGCGGGAUGUCACAAACCAAUUACAGGUCGUUGCAUAACCGCGAUGUUCCGGAAGUUCCAUCCAGAGCACUUCGUGUGCGCGUUCUGUUUAAAACAAUUGAACAAAGGUACCUUCAAAGAGCAAAAUGACAAACCGUAUUGCCACGGGUGUUUCGACAAGCUGUUUGGUUAAGACAUACCGGAGAAAGUAUUUGUAACAUAAUAACAAGUAACAGGCUGUUUCGCUCGAUAUCGUUUAUUAUAGGCUGGUCGUAUUCGUCCACUUGCAUAGAGUUCGAUAAUCGUUAUAGUUGUAUGAAACACUAGUAUGUACUUGGCGAUACACGCAUGUUAUCGCAACUCGAAGCAGCCUUCUGAAAUUUUCACGAACAUUGACGUUCGAAGUGGUGCGAAGGAUAAAGUAAUAUGAUAUUCGCAGUCAUCGUUAUCUUCCAUUGUCCUUGAUAAGGGCUUGUUGCUAAUAUUUUCAGGAAUAUUUUAUAUCACGUACUUUACAUUGACCGUAUGAUCUAACAAUUAAUAAAAGGUGCUAAUUAUUAGCUUAUUUUUACUAA